AUGAACAAAAAGAAAGGGAAUAAGGAAGAGGAAUCAAACAAAAUAACAAAUUUCUUUAAAAUAAAAAAAUGUAAUUUAAAAAAUGCUGAAACUAUAGAAUUUUGUCAAGAGUAUAAAAUACAAGCUAAUCAUGACAAGGCGUCUGAAAUACAUAAUUUAGAAACUGAUCUCAAAAAAAAUAAUGAAAAAAUUAAUACCCAUCUUUUAUUAAGUAAUGAUCAGCAGACAUUAAAAAAUAUAACUAACCCACAUUAUGAAAAUGAAAAUAAUAAUCAAUUCUGCUUAUUAUCCAAAAAUACAAACAAAACUAAACCCAUCGAAUCACUCCAAUCAUAUAAUACAAAUGAUAUGCACACUAUCUAUAACACACAAGAGGCUGGCGAAAAAGAUGAAAAAGAUGAAAAACAUGAAAAAGAUGAAAAACAUGACGAAAAGGAUGAAAAAAAUACCCAACUAAAAUCAAUUUUAUUUAAUGGUAUAAAAAGAACAAAUAGUAAUGGAUUUAUCUUAAACAAAAAACAAAAAUUCGAAAUUGUUAAAGAAAAUAAUGAUGGUCAGGAAAAAAUAUUAUUAAAAGACACAAAAUUAAAUCAAAUAAUUUCAGAAAAUAAAAAAAAUAAUAUUCCUAAAAAACGUGGAAGAAAACGAAAAAAUUUAUUACACGAACAAAAUUGUUUAAAAGAAAAAAAAAGUGAAGAAAAAAAAACAACAAAUUAUUUUGAAAAUGCCGAAAAAAUGGCAAAAAUUAUGGAUGACACAAAUAAUAUGAACAGGCAAGGUAAAACAGACGACAUAAAUAAUAUGAACAGGCAAGGUAAAACAGACGACAUAAAUAAUAUGAACAGGCAAGGUAAAACAGACGACAUAAAUAAUAUGAACAGGCAAGGUGAAAAAGACGACAUAAAUAAUAUGAACGGGCAAGGUAAAAAAGGCGACACAAAUAAUAUGAACGGGCAAGGUGAAAAAAAUAAAGAAAACAAAAAAUCUGUUAUAACACUUUUUGGAGACGACAUAAAAAUUAAAGUCAAUGUAGAUGAAAAUGUAUCAUCAGAUACUAAUUCAGAUUUAGAAAACAGUUUUACAAUUUUUCGAUCUGAAAAAAAAUGCAAAGAAAAUUCAAAAUGUGUUGGAACCAUUUUGAACACAUAUACAGAUAAAUGUGAUAUCGUAGAUGAAUGGGAAAAGGAACGAAAACGUUCAUAUAAAAGAAACUCAAUUUCAGAUGGAGAAAAUUAUAAUUAUAAAAAAAAAUGUGAAAUAGAAGAUCAGGAUAUAAAAAUAUAUAAUAAAAUAAAUAGAAAAAUUUCAAAACAUAAUUUAUUUUGUGAUAUAGAAAAUAACAAUGAAUAUAAUACUUAUGCAUCUACAUGUAAUGAUAAUAAAACAGAUUAUAGUGAUAUAUUUAAAUCUGAUGCAGAAUUAGAAUCUAAAAAAAAAUAUAAAAGCAUACAAAAAGGAAUACAUAAUAAUGAGCAUAGAACAUGUCAUCCAAAUUCACGAGCUAGCUGUUUUAUAAAUAGCGAUUCGAAAAAUAAAAAAAAUAUUAUAAAUUUAAAUCAUAGAAGAUCAUGUUGGAAUGUAGAUUUAGGAACAAAUUUAAUUGUAGAAAAAACAACUCCAAAUGAAAAAUUUGAAAGAGGUGGAAAAGGCGAAAAAGAUGAAAACUAUAUUAUUAGUGAAGAUGAAGAAAUACAAAAUAAUAUUCCAUGUACAGAUAAUAAUGUAUUUUUUAAAAGUUCAAGUAUAAUACUAAAUAAAACUACAAACAUAUCAACUAAAUUAAAUAUAGAAAAAGAAAACCAAACGACAAUGUCAAGAAAUAGUGCCUUUAAAAUAUGUACACAUAAAAUAGAAAAUGAUUCAAAUAAAGGACAUCAACUUAAUUUUAUAGAUAAUUUAUCACUUGUAAAAAAUGUGACUGAAAAGGGUGGGAUAGAAAAAGGGGGUGUCGAGAUGUGCAGUGUCGAGAUGGGCGGUGCCGAAAAAGACAGUAUGAACAGAUUUAUUAAUAACUAUUACGAAAUGACAGAUAAUAUUGAAGAAAAAUUAAUAACAAUAAAAAAAGAUUUAAAAUUAAAUGAUAAUGUAAAAGAUAUACUAAAUGAAAAAAAAAGAAUAAAAGUUUUGAGAACAUUAAAUAAGCACUAUUUUGACAAAGAAUAUAAUGACUAUAAAAAAUUAGAGAGUGGGAAAUGUAAAAAAGGCGGGAAAUGCGAAGACAGUCAUCAUAAAAAUAAAUUCAUUCCAAUAAAAGAUGAAUAUAAUAAGCCUCUUACAUUUUUUAUUAUAGGAAAAUUUACAUUCUUUAGUAACUAUAUUUUAUCUAAAAAAAUAAAAUAUUAUGGAUAUAAUGUUUCUAAUAAUUUAAGACGUUGUAAUGCUAUACUUAUAGGAUAUGAUAUAUUUCCAGAAUUUUUAAAUAAAAUAAAAAAAUAUAAUGGAUAUAUUUUUAAUGAAAAAACAAUUUUAUCACAUUUAAAAAUAAAUAUUAAUAAAUAUAAAAAUUUAUUUAUUCCUAUAAAUAAAGAUAAUGGAAAAAGAUAUAAAUUAUUAAUAAAUGAAAGUAAUAUAAAAAAUUAUUCUGUAAAAUUAUUAAAUAAUAAAAUUCAUAAAUUUUGUAAUAUUAUAAAAUCGUUAUUAACACAUAUUAAUAAUUUUGAUUGUGAUGACAAGUUAGAUAAAAAAAAUUUAUUUAUUUUAAAAUUAAUAAAAUGUGUAAAUAACUUUUUCUUAUUUUUAAAUAAUAUAAAUUCGAAUAAACUUAGUUCUAAUUUAUCUGAUUUUAUAUUUUUUUUUCAUAAAAAUUAUUAUCAUAUUUUUAAAUAUAAAAUUGAUCAAAUUCAUUUCCAUAAAUAUUUAUAUUUUUUAAACAAAUUUACACAAAUUUUUUCUGAAACAUGUAUCAUUCACGAUUCGAUACACAUUCCAAAUUUUAUUCAGAACGAACUUGGUGAUUUAAAUUUGGUUCUAAAAUAUGGGCAGGCUGAUGAUGGCGACCUGAACAAGGCCUCCAACUUUGUCGACCUGGAUAAGGCACCCAAUCUUGGCGACCUGAAUAAGGCACCCAACUUUGUCGACCUGAAUAAAAGCCCCAAUCUUGGUGACAUAUACAACUGUGAAACAUCAGAAUCGAAUAGCAGUUUCUAUUCUGGAUACAUAUCCCCAUGUUAUGAUUUGAAUAAUACCGAUUUAGAAGAAGAAAAUAAUAAAUUAGAUAAUGAUGAUAAAAAAAAGAAUGAUGUUUUAAAUUUGAGUGAAAAAGAGAUUAAAAAAAAUAUAAAAAAAUGUGAAAAAUUAAAAAAAAUUACAAGUUUAUGGGGUGUUUUUUUUAGACCCAAUAGUUUAUAUGAAAUAUGUGGACAUAAAAAUGAAAUAUUACAUUUGUAUAAAAUUCUAAAAAAAAAAUUCCCAAAUUUAGAUCAAAAUGAAAAGGAAGAAAAGAGCGCCAAUUUGGAUGCAGCAAAUCAGGCCGAACGAGACAAGAAUUGUGACACGAUGAAAGCUGCAAAAAAUUGUCCAAAAAAUUGUCCAAAAAAAUGUCCCAAAAAAUGCACACAAAAUUGUCCAAAAAAUUGUCCAAAAAAAUGUCCCAAAAAAUGCGCACAAAAUUGGCCAAACCAAUCAGACGAUGCGAAUAACAUUAUUUUUAUUAUAUAUCCACCAAAUUGUUGUGUAAAAAGAAUAGUAGAAUUGAUAUGUUAUUCAUGUAAUUUAUGUCCUAUAUAUGAAAAUAAAGUACAAAAAUAUAAAAACAUAAAUUAUUUUUUUAAAUAUACACAUGGUUUAAAAGCAAUAUCAAUAUAUAAUGCAAACAAACUUGAUAAAUAUUCAUUAGUAGAAUUGAAUACAAGAAAUGAUGUAUCUAUAUGUUUGUAUGAAAAUACAAAUUAUAAUAUAAACCCGGAAUAUAAUUUACCAUUACUUGAUAAUAUUAAUCAUAUUCUUAUCAAAUUUUCUUAUCCUUAUAAAAAAUCAAUAUUUUAUAGAUCUUUUUAUGUUGCAUCAUGUGUUAUUAAAAAUUUAAAAAAAAAUGAAUUUAAAAUGUUAUUUGAAACAUGCAAACUUAAAGAUUCUACAUAUUCUAUAGAAAAUUUAUAUAACAAAAUUCAUUUGAUUUAUUCGCAUAUCAGUUAUGUGGAAAAUUGGAAAAGUUAUGCCAAUGCCAAUGCCAAUGCCAAUGCCGAUGCUGACAAUGCCGAUGCCGAUGCUGAUAGUGCUGACCCUGAUGACCCACCCUUUCCGAACAAUAUCAUAAAAGAGUAUGUUACGGAACAUAUUCUAAACAGAUUCAUAACUACUAAUUAUAAAGAAAUCGAAGAAAAAUAUAUAUUCUGUAAAAAUUCAAAUAUGUAUCCUCGAAAAUGUAUAAAAGAUGGAAAAAAUAAAUAUGUUAACAAUCAAAUGGUAGAACUAAAUAAUGAUUAUUAUUUUUAUAGAGGAUUUGAAAUUGAAGAAAUUGAGGAUAUAAUUUAUGAGUAUUAUGAUAAAAUUUUUAUAAACAAUAAAGAAUUAUUUGUUUUGUCAGAUAUAACAGAUAAAUAUAAUAUUAAUAAUAAUUUAAGUGAUGAUAGUUUAACUUAUUUUCAAGGAAAAGACAUAAAAAAAAAAGAAAAAAUCUUAAUAAAAAUAUUGGAACUAUUUUUAUAUUCAUACAUUUUAAUAAAAUCAAAAAAUAUUAAUAUUUUAUUAAUUGCUGCUGAUAUGGCAAUUUAUUGGAAUAAAUAUCUUUAUAUAAAUUUGUUAAGAUAUAAUACAAAUAAAUUAAAAAAAAAAAAAAAAAAAAAAAAAAAAUAUUUAUAUUCAAAUGAUAAAACAUUAAGCAAAUAUUGUAAUAAUAACAAUUUUUUUAAUGAAAUAAAAUUAAAAGAUAAUUUAAAAAAUAAAAUUGAAAAAUAUAAUAAAAUAUUUACAGAAAAAACUAAAAAAUAUAAGCAACUUAUGAUACAUUUUAAAUCCCCAUUCAACUUUUCUUCUGUUUCAAUUAUUUAUGAUAUUUUACACACUAACAAAAUAAAUGGCUUUAAUAUAAAAAAAAAUAAAAUAUAG